GGGUUUAUGUUCAGUUGCAGUCACAUUCAAAUCCCCUAUUCCUUUCUGCCCGCUUGCCAAAAGGCAAGAUUUUUACUCUGUCCAAUUCCGAAUCAAAAAUCCGUAAUGGCCAAGAAAUCGAAGAAACCACACGACAAAGAAAGCGGAAAAGUUGCCCCAAAUUCUGAUUCAUCCAGCAUUUUCCAGCACCUGUUUGGAGAAUUCUCGGAGAAUGCCGCCACCGCAUCGAUCUUCUCCGACGAAAAUCCGUUUCGAAGGAAACCUAUUAGCAGUUCUCAUACUGCCCAGCAACCUGAGCUAGAGUCAGCGGUUGUUGCUUCUGAUAUUAACGAUUCCGAGCCGAAGAAGAGGAAGAAGGAGAAAAAGAAGGCGGAGGAGAAUGGUGGAUCGCGAUUCGAUAACGAAGGAGAAGAGAAAGAUGAAGAUGGAGUAAGAAAGAAAUUAAAGAGCGUUGAAACUGGGAAGCCUGAUUCGGAGGUUACAGUGAACGGGAAAGAAAGCGGGAGUGAGAAGAAGAAUAAGAAGAAGAGAAAGAGGGACGAUGUUGAAGCGGAGUACGAGGCUAAGCUAUAUGGAUUGGAGAAGGCAGAGAAGGUUGGGGAGAAGAGGAAGAAAAUGGAUAACCCUGAGGAUUUGAUGGUGUCGAAGGAAGGAUUUGACGAUGAAAGCAAGCUCUUGAGGACCGUCUUUGUCGGGAAUCUGCCGCUGAAGACCAAGAAGAAGACAUUAUUCAAGGAAUUCUCCAAGUUCGGAGAGAUUGAGAGCAUUAGAAUCCGGUCUGUUCCACUAACAGAUAGCAAAGUGCCAAGGAAGGGUGCUGUACUGAAGAAACAACUGAAUGAGAAUGCUGACGGUGUACAUGCAUACAUUGUUUUCAAAACGGAGGAAUCUGCCCAUGAUUCGUUGGCUCUUAACAUGACAGUGGUAGGAGGAAAUCAUAUCCGAGUUGACAGGGCAUGCCCUCCUCGUAAGAAGAUGAAGGGUGACUGUGGUCCCUUGUAUGAUAAUAAAAGGACGUUGUUUGUGGGCAACCUGCCAUUUGAUGUUAAGGACGAAGAGAUUUAUCAGUUGUUCUGUGGAAUUAAAAAUCUGGAAGAAAGUGUGGAAGCUGUUCGGGUUAUCAGAGAUUCUAAUACACUCCUGGGAAAAGGUGUUGCUUAUGUGUUAUUCAAAACAAAGGAAGCUGUCAAUCUUGUUGUGAAGAAGCGUCUGAACUUACGAGAUCGGGAGCUAAGGCUUUCUCAUGCCAAGGCAACCGCGACCCCAUCAAAGAGAAAGAACUCAAACGAGAACACGAACGCCUCUCCAACAAAGAAGUUUGCUGCGGAGCCCACAACUCCAGGCAGCGGGGGCAAGAGAACCGAAAAGAUGUCCCUCGCCUACCAGGGCAUGCGGGCAACGAAGUCAUCAUCGUCUGUUCAAAAGAAGUCGUCCCGUCCCAGAACCAGCGAGCAGCCAAACUCUAAGGCAAGAUUGCAGGUGGCGAAGAAGCAGACUGAGCGGAAUUCAAAGCGACCAGCAGUCGCUGCCAGAAAGGCGAAGGCGCUGAAAAACGCUGCCGCUCCUUCCAAACAAGCCGGGACCAAGCGCAAGCUGGAAAACCGAACUCCUUCAAGUGCUGCUGGUAGGAAAAAGAAACUUAGAAAGUUUUAAUAGGCAUUUCAUUGUAUCACCACUAUACUGGGGAAUGUGGAAGUCUCCGGUGAUUAUACAAUGAUCUCUGUUACUCUGUAUCAUGCUGAUAAUUUGUUAAAACCAGUUGUUUUUAUUUCAAUUCUUUGUUAAAACAUCCCCUUUUUAUAGUGCUCAAUAUAUAUUGAAGUUGUUCUA